GGGGUACGACACUGAUUCGAACUGCGUUUGCAAAUAUGUGCUCGUUGGCCAGGAGUUUUCUGAGAAGCUCCGUUGUCAGAGGAUGCUUCGGUGCGUGUUCUGCGGGAACGAGUGGCAAGGGAACAGGCAUGGGCCGGCGCGGCUUUUUCGUAGCGUGAAGGGAUGUUCGCAGGUGACCGAUGAAGCUCUUAUGGAGAUGCAUUACACGAGCGGUUACGCAUUUGAGGGAAAGUGGUUGGAGCGGAUCUGCAAGUACGAGGAGCUUCACGGUCCUUGGGUUGACGAGAGGAGGACUGGCGGGGGUCAGGCUCAGGCGUGGGCGGCGUCCAACGCCCCAGUUGGGGCACGACAACAGGGCGAUGACGUCAUCGAUUUGGAUGGCGAGGGAGAGGAUUGCAGGGCCGCGGGGGUUGAGGGGGAGGUCGAGGCUGCAUACUCACAGCGGCCAGUGCUUGAGACGGCGAUGGACAUUGUUGCGGGUCUCAAAAACAUACAGGAGCCGUUUGAUCGCACUGGGGCCACGAUCAUGUUCGAUGGUAGGAAGUCUCGUGAUGGGAAACCCAUCGUGAACUUCCUUGCAGCUGGUGCUCGAGGAGUGAAGAUGUAUAGCACCCUCAACAGCGAGGGUGAGACUGAUGAUGCGCUCGCAGUGUCGGGGAGGUGGAUAUCGAUUUUCUACGACUUCGGUCCUGACAGGGUUAACACCAUUUGCACAGACUCUGCGUCUGCCUACGUAAAGGCAGGCAACGCUUUGGCGGAUCCUCACAUGCGGCCUGAGUACAAACGGAUUAUGUGGCUUCCCUACGCGGCGCAUGUGUGCAACAAAUUGUUGCCGGACAUCGGGACAGCGGGCCCGUGGUGCGUAGACAUUAUUGUGCAUGCGAGAGCGGUAGUGCAUUUCAUAAAAAUGCACGGCCGAGCUGAUUUUUUGUUCAGGAGAGAGAGUCGCCAUCUCAGGUUGUUGUACUCUUGUGAGACUCGCUUCGCUUCUGUGUACGCGAUGCUAGAGCAUUUGGUUGUUGUACGGCGUCCUUUGGAGCGGAUGGUGGAUGGGACAGACUGGUUGAGGGAGCCUUGGGCGACUACGUCGAUCAGGCAGCAUGUGCGGUGGGUGAGGUGGCAGAUCCGGCAUGGCAGUUGGUGGGACUCCAUGGACAUCUUGUGUGCCGUUAUGGAGCCGGCUUAUGAUUUGCUGCACAAGAUGGAUCGUGGAGGGUUAUGCAUGUCUCGAGUGGCCGAGUGGACGGGACGGUUGGCGAGGGAGCUGGAGGCGGCUCUUGAACCGUUAGAGGAUGGAUUGGCGGAUCAGAUUGUCAGGUGCUUGCAGGAGCGCAUCGCUCAUAUGUGUGAGCCUGCGCAUGCUGCAGCGUGCCUCCUUUGUCCGAUGAGGAGGUCGAUGCAGUAUUACAGCGGCGUGUGCAUCGCUCUUCGUGUGUUGUACAUGUGGACGUGCUCCUUUCCCGCGGAGCGGAAAAAGGCCAUCCACGAGAGUAUUCACACGAAGAAGCGUAACAGGUUAUUGUUCCAGAAGGUCACGAAGUUGGUCGAGAUCACGGCCAACACGCGACUUUUGGCUCUUCAGAGCGCUGGUGGAGGUUUGGUUCUUCCGUGGACUCAAGACGAGUCCAUGUUGGAUUUCGAAGGUGGCCUGGAGGCAGACGCUGUGUGCGAGGGGGUGGACCACAACAUACCCGAGGAGGACCGCGAUGAGCAGGCGCAGUUGUGGCGGCGGGAUGCUUGCGGGUCACGACCACCGCCUCCCGUUGAGGACGUGUUCGGGGUUCGGGCCGUCACUUUGAGGCCGUACCCGAGAGAUGACUCGAGUGGAGAUGAGCGCGAGGAGGCAGAUGAGGGUUUCCGCCCCCACGGCUCUGCUGCUGCCCGACCGCUCUACCUGGUAGUGGUCACGCGGAGCAGUUCGAUGAUGCCCAUCAUGAGGGGGCACCACACGGUGAGGCUGGCGGGUGGGGACCAUGCUAUGGAAUCAUCGUCCAUGCGCGAUUUCAUGGCCGAGCUAGAGGCCACUCUGCCAUCCAUAACGGAGGGUGAGUCUAUUGUUGUGCGACAUGUCGGCGACGAGGAUGUUGGGCCUCAGCCACAGACAGUUCACAUGGGAGAGUCUGCACCCGACACCGAGGAGGAGCGCAUGGCUCGAGAGGCGAGAGAGGAUGAGGAGGAGGCCGCAAGGACCAAGGCCCUAGCUGAUGCUGACCCGCGCACACACGCCAUGGCACAUGACAUGGAGGCUAUGCGUCAUCUAGAGACUAGGGGAGAAGGAGUGCACGACAAUGUAGCGGAGGAUGACCAGAUGGAGGGCUCAGUUGGUAGUGCGCACACGCAGACAUUGGAGUUUCGUGGGUUGGUCGUGGAGGCAGCUGCCCACAUUUCACAUGCGGUUCAAGAGAGAGAGGGCGAGACACCAGCACCCGAUAUCGACAGCGCACCCAUCGUCCCGUUACCACCAGACGGAGAGGCGGAUGCCGUUGCAGUGGUCCACGACGGAGAGGCGCGCUGCGAGACAGUGGUUCACUCCACUGUGCCAGAGGCUGAUGCUGCUCAGGUGGUGGCCCCCCAGAUAGUAGAUAGUGCACAUACGACUCAGCUGGGAGAUCCAGGAGCAGUACCAGGGGGAGACGUGGAGGAUGAGGAGGCAGUUGGGAGUCCAACGGCGGUGGGGGGAGAUGCAGAGAUAGGGGAGACAGGGUUCGGGAGGGACAUGGAGAUUCAGCGGUCGCGGCGUCGUCCACCGCGUUACGUAGAGCAGCCACGAGGCAGUUUGAUGUUCGGCGCGAUGACUGUCGAUCAGUUGGGCACGUGCCUUGCGACGGAUCUCACAGAGACGAGACGUGGCGUGAGGAUCGGCUCAAAGAAAGGGAAAGCACUUCUACCACGCAUGCAGUCCAUUUCAUGGGGUCCUGCUAGCCCGACACCGCCAUCAGACGCUUCGUUGGAGGUGGGUGCCAUGGGAGUUGGCGCGGCGCAGUCCCCUCCCAGUGUGGCACAAGAUCGCGGGGCACGACCGUCUGCGCCAACCUCAGCGGCGGGCAGGCCUCGAGAGCGGGGACAAGCGACAGCGGGGGCCAUGGCUUCUUUACUCGGCCGCACUGACAUUCCUUGGAGCAAUACGAGGAGGUCAACAUCGAGUACUAGGAAGAGGCAGCCCGGGUUGGAGAGGCAAUGCUCGUCCACAUCAUCGACGAGGGAGGUACAUGCUGCUUGGCUCGAGCAUCGUGGCGGGUCGGGUGCUGAGGUUGAGGGUGCGGGCGGACGGGGAUCUGCAGUGCCCGGCGCACGAGUGUCGACUCACGAAUUGAGGGAGGUUUCACAGAUCCUCAGGGCAGAUGUGUUGGGGCCUCCCAGGACACAGCGACCGAUACCUAGACGAGCAUCACGCGUGGAUGGUGAGACCACCGGGGGCGAGGGGUUGGAGAUGAUGCGAGGGAGACGUCGCACGGACACCCUCUUAGCGGCGUCACAAAGGGAGAUGAGACUGGAUGGCGUCACAGUGGUUGACGACGAUCAGACUGACGUUGCUGCAGAGGACGCUGACGGAGAGGAGGACCUGUCGAUACACGCGGCACGCCGGACGACCUAUGAGCUAUGAGCGUGGCGAGCGGCAUCCCCAACCCCCCCCCCCCCCCAACCCCACGGUCCCCACCCUCCUAAAAUACACCUGCCGAACUUUCUUUUUUUUUUUGCGCGGAAAUGGCCCCAAGGCGUCCCCUGCCCUCGCGCAACCCCGUGGAGCCCCUGCACUGAUUUUUAAACGCGCGCGCGUGCCUUAAAGUGCUUUGAGCGA